AUGGAGGAUCCUGCUGUAUGGGCAUAUCGCAGCCCGCUGGACAUCAAGGACCGAGUGUUGAAGGUUGUUUCGGAGCAGGCCGUGGAGAUGAAGGAGAAAAAUAUCAUCGCCCCCUUUGUCUUCAGGAAGGAAACAGCGGAGCACCGAUUCUCACUGAACUACGCCACCCUGGACGACUGUCUGCCACUGUUCUGUCAGCUACAGAGAGCUUCCACCCUCCCGCCAGCAGACCAGUCUCACAUGAUCAAUGCCAUUGUUUUGUCAAGACAGUCGAGAGUGAAAUUCAACACUAGCUGGCUGGAGGACCUGUAUGAGAAGAUCGUGCUGGAGACCCAGGGAGACAGGAACACUCCCCUGGCCAAGAACCCGGGAAGAAUCAUGCUGACUUCCUCCAGACUCUAUUUCCAACCAUUCAACAACAUCGACAGGUGGCCAGUUUUGAAAAUCAGACUCAAAGAAAUCAAAAGGCUUAUAAGACGUCGAUACCUGCUCCGGCAGCUGGGUUUGGAGAUCUAUUGCAGUGACAAUGCACCUGUUACACAUCUGUUUCUGUCCUUCAAGACAGAGGAGAUACGGAACCAACUGUAUGAUCACAUCCUACAACAAGACGUCCAGCUGGAAGAAGUGGGCCAAGAAGACAUGACCCUGAGGUGGCAGAGUGGCUACAUCUCUAAUUACGAGUACCUCCUCUACCUAAACAGUUUGGCGGAUCGCAGUUUCAAUGACUUGACGCAGUACCCAGUAAUGCCAUGGGUGAUAUCUGAUUUCACCAGCGAUCAUUUAGACUUGCAAGAUGAGAAAGUUUACCGUGAUCUGAAGAAGCCAAUCGGAGCCUUGAACCAGGAGAGACUGGAUAGGAUCAAGGAGCGGUUCGUCGACAUGCCGGAACCGAGGUUCAUGUACGGCUCCCACUACUCCACUCCAGGCUAUGUGCUGUUCUUCCUUGCUAGAAUAUGUCCCGAGUAUGUGCUCUGUCUGCAGAACGGAAAGUUUGACCAUCCUGACAGAAUGUUCAACUGCCUCCAAGACACCUGGAACAACUGCCUCCUGGGAGCUGCCGACUUCAAAGAGUUGAUACCUGAAUUCUAUGAUGGCGCCACAGACUUCUUUGUACAUAAAGGGAUCAUUAACUUCGGCAUCAAACAAGACAGUCGCCCCGUUGCUGAUGUUGAGCUGCCUCCCUGGGCAUCCUGUCCAACAGAUUUUGUCCACAAGCUUCAGGAUGCUUUAGAGUCGGAAUAUGUGUCCUCCAACAUCCAUCACUGGAUUGACCUCAUCUUCGGCUACCAGCAGCGGGGCGAGGAGGCGGAGAAUGCUGACAACUUGUUCUACUACCUGACAUAUGAGGGAGCCAUUGACUUGGACAGCAUCGAGGACCCGAACGAGAGGGCAGGCCUGGAGACCCAGAUCAUGGAGUUUGGCCAGGUCCCCAAACAGCUGUUCACUACCCCCCACCGCCGGCGCUUCUGUACCACACCGGUGCCCCACCCUACGUCCCACCCAGUCCCCAAACUGGGGUCACAAGUAGAAGUGAGAGGGGACUCCGACUCAGAUAAACGAUCAUUAGAGUCAUCCAUCGAGAAGAGUCUGGAGGUGGCGGAGCCAAUCAUCAAAACUGUCGACUUCAGCAAAAUCCGAACACAUCUUAAAUACACACUGCAUAAAGACGCUGUGACUGACGCCAAACUCUCAGUUGAUGGGAAGAAUGUUUUCUCAGUCUCUCAAGACAGCCUGCUGAAGAUGUACUCACUGGAGGAACAACGUCAACUCCGCAGUGUCAAUCUGUCCAGCAUGGCCCUGUCUUCGUGUUUAGCUAUGCCAGACAACAAGACCAUCAUAGUGGGUUCCUGGGACAAUAAUGUGUACUUCUACAGUAUCGAGUACGGCCGGGUGUUGGACACGCUCCACGGCCAUGAUGAUGCAGUGUCUUCUAUAGCAUGGAAGUCUGGCACCCUGUACACGGCCUCGUGGGACUCUUCAGUAAAGAUCUGGAGGCUGCCCCAACCGGAACCAGGCCAGGCUUUCUCUUCAGCGGAAUACCUGGGCCAGUUGGACCAUGACGAGGGGGUGACGUGUCUGGACCUGGAUCCCGAGAGUCGACUGCUGGUGACGGGCACCAAGGACGGCCAUCUGUGUGUCUGGGAUCUCUACACUGAGUACAUCAGCAACCAACUAGCGGUGCAUCAUGGGAGAAUCAAUGCAGUCCUCGUCAGUCCAGACGUGAGACGGAUCCUGUCCUGUGGGGAAGACAACUACAUCAAAGUACUGGACACUGGAACCGGCACCGAGAUCUUCACCAAGGACGUCCAUGAUGAAAUACUUUGCCUACAGUGGGCUGGUGGGCUGGUGAUGUCGGGGAACAGCGCAGGAUUUGUUCAGGUCUGGGACAUGGACAAGGGGCAGAUACUUCACCAGUCAAAGGCUCAUCAAGAUGCUGUGACGAGUAUCGAUGUUGCUGAAGAUGGGAGGCUGUUGUCAGGAGGAUAUGAUAAGACUGUCAUAGUGUGGCAAUGUGGAUAACUAGUCUCACAGUGGCUGAAUGGAUAAACCUCCAACCAGUGAUAUACUGGGAUCGUAAUGGAUCAGCACAGCUCCAUGGAAAUCAUCUGAAUGCCACCAUUUGGAUCUUCUUCAGCGAUGGUUUAAGACAUAUCACGUCCAUAAUUCAAAUCUGAAAAUACAUCAUUCAGUUGCAUCCUUGACUGUACAGGGUAUUUUAUUUGCAAUCAAUGUUGUUUAAAUUCCCUGGACAAAUUCAUUUUUAUAGUUUUGUAUUUAUUUGCUAGCAGAUUCGGAUAACACAAUGUUACAAGUGUUGUCCAUUUAAAUUAGUUUAUGUUAAGUUAAAUAUAAGCGAGGUUUACGUGGUGAUGUGAUGUCUGAAAAUAAGCUAGAUCGGUAAUUUAUAUCCAAGGUAAUUAUCAUUAUUGUAUGGUAAUAUGAUAAUCAAGGAUGAAGGAUAUAUACACUGAGUUCUACAGAUACUCAUAUUGUUUAAAGUGUUUGAGUACUGAAGAGAAACUAGUCUCACAUUCUACUGCCCAUGUUUGCCUGUCUUGAUGUUAGAAGCAAGACCUUGUGUGAAGCUAACAUUUAUUCUGUGUAGUUAUAGUUACUGUAUCUUUAGCUAAAGGGGCAAUGGGGUAGCCCUGUGGUUAAAGCGUUCACUCGUCACACCGAAGACCCAGGUUCGAUUCCCCAUAUGUGCGAGUCCCAUUUCUGGUGUCCUCCAUCUUGAUAUUUCUGGAAUAUUGCUAAAAGUGGCGUAAGACUAACUCACUCACUCACUCACACAUUUUUAGCUAAACAACGAAUCACAACCUGACAACUGAAUCUGCAGAUCUGUGUCAUCUGUGCAGUUGAAUUUAGCAAGGAUUGAAGGUUUCAAGAUUACAGGGACCCGUGAAGAUCCGGGGUAGAAUAGGUCUAAACUCACUCACUCACUCAAGAUUAUAGGAUCAACAUUGCCAUAUGUUCCGAGCACAAUAUUUUUUUCUGUGGAAAAAAACCAAAUCUGUGAUUAAUAUCUAAACAGUUUAUUGUGAACACUUAUUUUAACUUGUUGAGUUGAUAUGUCGCAUUGACAAACACACACAUCGCAUGAACUCCAUGUGAAGUACACGUGACAAUGUCACAUUCUACAUUUUUGCAAUGUAUUGUUCCGUGGUAAUAGAUUCUUCCACUGCAUGAAGAAUCCCUCCCAUCCCGAAACAUAGUGUUCACACAGAUUGUUAACUGAUGUUAUUGGUUGACCUUCAGUCCACCUGGGACUGCCAGUUGAGCAGAGUGUAGUGCCCCUUUAAGUGUUAAACAGGCUGAUAUAUCUAAACUGCCAACUCACCUUGGAGCACUAAGUUUGCAGGGCUAUGUUUGACAAAGCAAUUGUGAUACAAAGACAAUACUAGCUAGUCUAUGAUACUGUAAGGGAUUUACAAUCAUCUUAGUGCUACGAGUGUCGUAAGUCAGUGUUAAAGUAUACGUUUUAUGACCAUCUUGGCGAUAUAGCUGUCGUUAGUCUAUGUUAAAGUAAGGGAUUUACAAUCAUUUUAGUGCUACAAGUGUCGUAAGUCAGUGUUAAAGUAUACGUUUUAUGACCAUCUUGGCGAUAUAGCUGUCGUUAGUCUAUGUUAGAGUAAGGGAUUUACAAUCAUCUUAGUGCUACGUGUGUCGUUAGUCUAUGUUAAAGUAUGGGAUUUUUUUUAAUCAUAUAAGUGCUACAAAUAUCAUAAGUCAGUGUUAAAGUAUGGGAUUUACAAUCAUAUUAGUCCUAUUACAAUCAUAAGUCAGUGUUAAAGUAUAUGUUUCAUGACCAUCUCAGCACUAAAGUAUGGGAUUUAUAACCAUAAUCAUCUUAGUGCUACGACAGCUUUGUGUAAAGGACCACUGUUCACAACACGUCCAAGUCAGACUCUUAGCAAAAUCAGGAAAGAAAAACUUUAAAGUCAUUUUUGUAUAACUACAUGUACUUACAUGAUCAAAAGGGACACCCUUAUUUUCUGACACUGGUACUGUAAGUAAGUGAGGGAAAGUGCCAAGGUUGAUAUCUAUUCUUGUUCGUUAUUCACUCAACAUUCCAACAUGUGAUACAGCAUUAACAUAUCCAACUGGUGCUCAUUACGCUUCUACAAGAACUUUUAAUGUUACCAAUAGUAAUAUUUUGAAUAUGUCAUAUAUGCGAGGGGCUGUGUCAAAGGUUUCCAUGGAUUUUCAAAUGUUCAUGUGAGUUUGCCGCUGCUGAUGUUUAUUCUGUAAAUUUGCUUGUACAAAGAUUGCACAUAUUUUCUGUUUAUCUUUGGGUUUUUUUUCCGAGUAUGCUGAUGUUUGAGCAUUCUCUUCCACUUUGUCAUAUUUUCCCACGUAACGUAGGAAGAUAUGACAGGAGUAACUCUGUGGGAAGAGAAUGAUGUUUGAGGGACUGUCUCAAAAGUUUCCACAUCAUUUUUAAAUGUCCCAAUGUGUAUGUUUAGACUCAUGUUUUGUUUGUACACAGACAAACAAUACCCUUAUUGUACCCCCUUGUAAUACAAACCAAUAAUAACAAUUUAAAACUAUGAUCGUUUGUUAAAAACUUUGUAUCCUAAGUUGAAUAAAAU